CGGUCAAACUCAAAGUCAAAGGAAAACUUAAAGUACUCUGUUUAUCCAACGGUGAGAAUGCAGAGGAAGACGACGACGACGAGGAUACACCGUCUGAUUGAAGACGAAGACUAUACCGGAUUCAGUGCCGGUUUUAUUUCGGGUUAUGCUCUCUCUGCUUCUCUACUCGGCAAACCCGACUUUGGCCUCCUGACGCCACCGGAAAUGGCUGCCACGGCUAGGACGGUUUGUGCGCCGGCUCCGCUCAUACCCAUCAUUGCCGAUGCUGAUCCUAGUGGUGGCAAUGCUCUCAAUGUUCAGAGGAUUGUCAAAGACUUGAUUGCAGCUGGUGCUGCUGGAUGCUUUCUAGAGGAUCAAGCAUGGCCAAAGAAGUGUGGGCAUGUGCGCGGCAAACAGGUUAUACCUGCAGAAGAGCAUGCUGCCAAGAUAGCAUCUGCCAGAGAUGCUGCUGGGGAUUCUGAUUUCUUCGUUGUGGCUAGGACUGAUGCACGUGCAACAUCAGCCAAAACUGGUCUCUCAGAUGCCAUUUCAAGGGCUAGUCUAUAAAUGGAGUAUGUUGCUUUCGAUUGGAAGCAGUAA